AUGAAUUCUUUAUUCAGCCGCAAUUCGCACUCUACCGGUUCAAACCGCUCUGCUCACUCCGAUGAAGAGGUGAUCCUCGCAUCAAGCCGGCCAAAGAAACGGGCCGGGAGGAAGAAGUUCAAGGAGACGAGACACCCAGUCUUCCGUGGAGUUCGCCGAAGGAACCCCGGAAAAUGGGUCUGCGAGGUGAGGGAGCCAACGAAGCAGAAGCGAAUAUGGCUGGGGACGUACCCAACAGCAGAGAUGGCUGCGCGAGCCCACGACGUGGCUGCACUGGCGCUGCGGGGCCAAUCGGCGUGCCUCAACUUCGCGGACUCAGUGUGGCGCCUGCCGGCACCCGCAUCGUCCGAGCCAGAGGACAUCCGGAGGGUCGCUGCGGCGGCUGCAGAGGCAUUCCGUCCGGCUGGAGACGGCGACAUCAUCAUGGUCUCCGACGAGGCUUCGAGCAGUGAGAGACCUGAGGUUGACGAUGAAGUGUCGAAGGAGGACAUUAACGUUCUCCGAGUUGAAGUGGUUUCGGGGUGGACGACCUGUCGCCGGCGCCAGCUUUGA